AUGUCUCUAACUGCCGAGCCAGCCCCUAUAGUGGAUGGCAAAUCACCGGAGCUCGACGACGUUGGUGUUCUUGACUCCUCAACAGUGAACCCAUCCGGAACGGAUACGAAUGGCGCUCAAGACACUGAUCACGGGGCCGAUUCCAGUGACGGCGGACUCGGCCCGUCAGAUGAGCAAGUCCGUGCAUCUAUGAUUCAUCUGUUGAAUCCUGUGCUGGGAAGCGCUUUCGGGAGUUCACUCAUCGAAGAAGGAGGUAACACCAAACGUAAAGGCGAUGAAAGCGGUAGUGGUGGAGCAUCGAAAAAACAUCGUUGGAUGACCGUCGACGAAUUGGAAGAAAGUCGUUUUGGGAGAAGCAAAAGCUACGGACGUGUUCACUGUAAAGCUACCUAUAAAUGCGCUGUGAGUUUUAUGAAAAAUAACGAAUUUCACUGCAAAUUUCGAUUUCUUGGGUGUUCAGUUUCUUGUCACGCAUCGUAG